AUGACCCGAAAAAUACCUGAGCAUUUUGAAAUGGAGACCCGUGAAAUAUUCCUCGCCGAGUCCAAGGCCAACUCCUGCUUCGGUAGCCGCUGGGUGAUCAUGGUGGUAUCCCAAGACACUGGACUGUAUGACGUGUACUACUCUGCCGGUAGUACAUCUAGAGAGAAUGGAUACGAAAGGAAGGAGGCUCUUGACUUGAAGUUCGAAGGUCGCAAGGAUCUUUUCUCAGGGUUGAUUUUGCUGGGAUGUCUACAGAUGGAACGAUGGAACAGGUUCGACAAGGUGCUCAAGGAGACAAUUCCUGGUCCGGACCAGUUCUUUGCUGUCCGCCUCAUAUAUGGCCUUGCUCAGAAUGGCAUAAUUGAGCAGUUGAUGGUUACUAGGGUGAUAUGGGAGCCAAGGUACUCUGCUGCAGAGACGGAGUUCUAUCAGAAUAACAUGUCCCCAGUUGAUUAUUUGUUCUACGCCACUGAUGUGAAAGAAAGCGGACAUCUUGUUCCUAAGAAGACAGGACCAAAGUUUCCUUAUUUUUACCGGGGAUGUACAAACAUCCGUAAUUGA